AUGAAGGAACAAUUACUCGACCAGGGCUCCAAACGAAUAAAGCAUAUCCAAUUCGGUGUACUCUCUCCAGCCGAGAUAGUCAAAGUUGCACAGAUUGAAGUAACGCAACGAGAUCUCUAUAAUGACGAUCGCACGCCCGUGCAGAAUAGCGUACUAGAUCCACGUCUGGGCACGUCGGAUCAUGACAUGGCAUGCGAAACAUGCGGUGAAAAGAUGCAUCUAUGCGUUGGUCAUUUUGGUUACGUUCGUCGCGUCCUAAUGGAAGAACCCGAUCGCCGACGAUACUUGCAACGUCUUCGAAAACCUAAAUUGGAGCGAACAGCUCGGAAGAUCAUCAUAAAAGCCACAAGCGCGAUAUGUAAAAAAGUGGUAGAGUGCCCAUACUGUGGAGCUAUUAAUGGAACUGUGAAAAAGGCUGGCGCACUAAAGAUAGUGCAUGAGAAAUUUAAGACAAAAAAAGCAGCAACAGAACAAGAUAAAUUUAGAAAGACAUUUGAAACGGCUAUAUCAUUUGUUCCGGAUGUGCGAAAUCAUUUGAAUAAAGCACAGGAGGAUUUGAAUCCACUACGAGUGUUGCAACUAUUCAAAAAUAUAUCGUCUGAGGACUGUGAGCUACUUUGUUUAGAUCCCAAGAACGGAAGACCUGAAUUGUACAUAUGGCAAUGUAUCCCUGUUCCACCUGUUGCUAUAAGGCCGUCUAUCGCACAAGACAACGCAAGCACUGAAGAUGAUCUAACUGUAAAGUUGACGGAGAUUAUAUUUACAAAUGCAUUAAUUAAGACUGCACUCGAAAGAGGUGCGUCAACAACCGCACUAAUGGAACAGUGGGAGUUUUUACAGUUGUCUGCUGCGAUGUAUAUAAACAGUGAAUUACCCGGUGUUCCAAGUACUACUUCUACAAAACCAAUUCGAGGGUUAUGUCAGCGCUUGAAAGGAAAGCAAGGUCGAUUUCGCGGUAACCUUUCGGGAAAGCGUGUAGAUUUUUCCGGCCGUACUGUUAUUUCGCCUGAUCCAAACCUGCGGAUUGACGAGGUCGCCGUGCCAAUACUGGUUGCAAAAAUUUUGACAUACCCGGAACGAGUGUUCGAGCACAAUCGCAAGAAGUUGCAACAGUGUGUCAUUAAUGGCCCCGACGUACACCCAGGAGCCAAUUUUGUGACACAGAGAAACGGUUUCAAAAGGCUAUUGAGGUACGGUGACCGACAAGCGAUCGCUGCAGAACUAUCCGUUGGUGACAUAGUUGAACGACACAUCACAGAUGGAGACGUGGUUUUGUUCAAUAGACAGCCAUCUCUUCACAAACUUAGUAUUAUGGCUCAUUAUGUUAAAGUAAAACCCUGGCGAACUUUCCGAUUCAAUGAAUGCGUGUGCACACCUUAUAAUGCUGACUUUGAUGGCGAUGAAAUGAACCUCCAUGUCCCCCAAACAGAGGAAGCCAGAACAGAAGCUAUCGAAUUAAUGGGUGUAAAGAAUAAUCUCGUAACACCUCGUAAUGGCGAACCCAUCAUCGCUGCAAUUCAGGACUUUGUCACUUCAUCUUACCUGCUUACGCAAAAAGAUGUCUUUUAUGAUAGAUCACAAUUUGUUGAAAUCUGUUCAUACAUGGCGGAUGCCGAUCUACAUAUUGAUAUCCCCCUCCCGACAAUAUGGAAACCGAUCAUGUUAUGGACGGGAAAGCAAGUGUUUGAUGUACUAAUGAGACCAAAUAGGGAAUCCAAAGUUCUAGUUAAUUUGGAGAAUAAAGGGAGAUCUUUUGAGAAGAGGGAAGGUAAACCACCCGAGUUUUGUCCUAACGAAGGAUAUGUGGUGAUCAGAAACAGUGUGAUGAUUUGCGGUGUAGUGGAUAAGUCGCUAGUAGGUGAUGGAAAUAAACAUUCGUUGUUUUACGUAAUAUUAAGAGACUAUGGGUCAUUUGAGGCAGCAAAUGCAAUGAAUCGAUUAUCAAAAUUAUGCUCGAGAUGGUUGGCAAAUCGCGGAUUUUCCAUUGGUAUUAAUGAUGUACAGCCGGGUGAAGUGCUUAAAGCAAAAAAGGAUGAACUCAUCGAGUCCGCCAACAAGACCUGUGACGAUUUAAUCGAAAGAUCUAAAAGCGGUAAAUUGGUGAAUCAACCUGGUUGUAAUGAAGAACAGACUUUGGAAGUAAAUAUGGCGUAUUUUGAUUUACUUGGUCUUGAUACUACCCAUAUCUCUGGUGUCUUGUCAAAAGUUCGUGAUGAUGCUGGUCAGAUAUGUAUGCAAGAACUCAACAGAUACAACGCACCACUUAUUAUGGCAACUUGUGGGUCAAAAGGAUCGAAAAUCAACGUAUCUCAGAUGGUUGCUUGUGUUGGACAGCAGAUUAUAAGUGGCAGUCGUAUUCCGGAUGGAUUUCAGGACAGGUCUCUACCCCAUUUCUUAAAACAUUCAAAGACUCCUGCGGCAAGAGGAUUUGUUAGGAAUAGUUUCUAUAGUGGAUUAACACCGACCGAAUUCUUAUUUCAUGCAAUUUCUGGUCGUGAAGGUCUAGUGGAUACUGCAGUUAAAACUGCCGAGACGGGCUAUAUGCAACGAAGAUUGAUGAAGGCUCUCGAGGAUUUGACUGUUCAUUACGAUCUAUCUGUGAGAAAUGCUUCAGGAUCAUUGGUGCAAUUCUGCUAUGGCGACGAUGGUCUCGAUCCUACUUAUCUAGAGGGCGAUGGUUUACCCGUUGAUUUGAGACGUAAUCUGCAGCAUGCAAUGGGUUUAAGUCCAGCCGCACCUGAUGAACCAAGAUUACUUCCCUAUCAGAUAAGGGACAUCACCAGGCGUGAGCUUUCGACUAACCGGUUUACCUCGAUGUGUACAGAGUCAUUUAUUCAGUCGAUAUACGAUUACGUUGAUGCGGAGCUGGCGAAACCACUUGCAUCUUUACGAGAAAGUUAUGGGUUAUGGCCUGCUAAUGAGAAUCCCGAGUCCGGCGACGAUCCGAUGUUAGUAGACGGCGAAAACAAUGCUGCGAUUAGUCAUGUAGUGAAUCAAAAGAUAUACGUAACAGAAGCCCAGCUUCAACAGUUUUUUGGUAUCUGUUGGAAAAAAUAUUUGAAUGCGAAGGUCGAACCUGGGACUGCUGUGGGUGCCAUCGGUGCACAAUCAAUUGGUGAACCAGGAACUCAAAUGACUUUGAAAACUUUCCAUUUUGCCGGUGUUGCUUCUAUGAAUGUCACUCUUGGUGUGCCACGCAUUAAAGAAAUUAUUAAUGCAACCAAAACAAUUAGCACCCCCAUCAUUACGUGUAAACUUGUUAGUGAACAUGACGUAAAAGCAGCGAGAAUAGUCAAAGGCAGAUUAGAAACGACUUAUCUUGGAGAUAUUGCAAAAUGUAUAGAAGAAGUCUAUAAAUUAGACGAAUGCUUUCUUACAAUUACUCUUGAUUUAGAGGCUAUCACAAAAUUACAAUUAGAGACUAAUAUAGAUGACAUAGCUAAAGCAAUUGUUGAAACUAGGAAACUGAAGCUCGCUGAAUCGAAUGUGCUAGUGCUCAAGCCAGAUCAAAUAAUCGUAAAUGUAUCAGAGAACGAACCGUUGGUACUCUAUUACAGAUUACAAGCACUCAAGCGUGUUCUACCCAAAGUUAUAGUCAAGGGUAUACAGACAGUGACAAGAGCUGUUAUUAGCGAGAUGACGGAAGACAAGAAGCAGUUGCUUGUCGAGGGAUACGGACUGCAGGAAGUGAUGACUACUGAAGGUAUUGUCGGUACCCAAACAACGUGUAAUAACGUAAUUGAAGUUCGUAAAGUGCUUGGAAUAGAAGCUGCAAGAAAUACUAUUAUCCAUGAAAUCCAAUAUACUAUGAGCAGUCACGGCAUGAGCAUUGAUCCGAGACACGUAAUGCUGCUCGGGGAUAUCAUGACAUACAAAGGCGAUGUACUCGGAAUUCACAGGUUCGGCGUGGCUAAUAUGAAAGAUAGUGUUCUUAUGUUGGCCUCAUUCGAGAAGACAACGGAUCAUCUUUUCGAGGCUGCAUUAUAUAGCCAAAGAGACUCGAUCGAAGGUGUCAGCGAGUCGAUUAUUAUGGGUAUGCCAAUGCCCUUGGGCACUGGAUUAUUCAAAUUAAUCAGGAAAUCGGGUAGGGAAGAACGGCCUAUGAGAAAGAAGCUGUUGUUUGAUGAUCCCGAGAGACAUGUACCACUUGUUUUGUAA